UAUGGCCGGAGGCGCUGUGACUGAGCGUGUUGUGUUGAUAACUUGUGAGCAGAUAAUUCCUGAUUCGUAAAGACACCGUUAUGUUUCAGCUGUCUGAUAAUGAAGGCUCGUUUUAUAAUUCAGUCGUCUGUCUUUAAGUGAAGCAGGAGGAGGUCAGACUUCUUCAUCCACCAUCAGUUUCCGCUUCUGUUCAACUCAAACUUCGAGUUCACUGUAGGUAACAGUCCGGUUUGUGUCGGCUGCAGGUGAGAGACUCAUAUCAAGUCCACGUAAACAUGGUUCAUCUCAACAAAGAGUCUGAAUCUGAGCCUCGGAUCUACGGUUUUAGCAGAACAGCUUCCGCAGCGCUGACCCACUUUAUCUGCAUCGUCUUCAGUGUAUUCAUUGCACUUCUGUCUCGGCCGGGUUCAAGUUUGUUCUCCUGGCAUCCUUUCUUCAUGACUCUGGCUUUCUCCCUCUUCAUGACAGAAGCCAUACUCCUCUUCUCCCCCCACGGCUCCCCCAUCAAAAGGUUUCCACACAAGACCAAAGGUCGUGUUCACUGGAUCCUUCAGUGCCUUUGUUUUACCUGUGCAGUCCUGGGUCUGGCAGCCAUCUCAUACAACAAGCACCUGAACGGUAAACCCCACUUCACCUCGUGGCACGGUCUGCUGGGCCUGCUUACGGUCUGCGUGGUUGGGUUACAGUCUUUGGCAGCAGUGCCUCUCAUCUAUCACUCUCUGGCCAAAGGCUGGUCCCUGGCCAAGCUCAAACGUUACCACGCGGCGUCUGGACUCGUCACCUACCUGCUUGGCAGCGUCAGCCUGCUCCUCGGCCUCUGCUCCGCCUGGUUCACUGCUGCUGUCAUGGAGUACGCCUGGUACCUGUCAGUACUCUGCCCCGCCCUCAGCGCCCUCAUCAUAAUGAACCAAGUCACCAGUGCUUACAUGGCUAAGAAACGGCUGCAGUCCUGACAGAGGACACAGUAUCAACACUUUAACAAAACUGUCACUGAGUAUUUAUACGAGGUUUGCCUGAGAGAUUUCAUUUUUUUCUGUCUUGUCAUUCCAAAAGGCAAAGAAACCCAAUAUGGAAAUGAAUUUUUUUCUUUUAUUGCCUUUUUUACAUAAUGCACACAGGACUGUAGCUACAACUUACAACUUGACACUGAGGUCAUCUCAUCUGUACUUUAGGGUGGGGUUUAAUGACUUUCAUUUUACAGUUAAACACGUGUCACAAACUGAGCUUUUUGUGAUAAUUUAAGUAACUGAAUAAAAAUAAAGGGCUUUAAUAUUAAGUACUGAAACUGCAAACUGAGCUAAGUUGGUUUUGACAAAGUAUUUAGAUCAUCAUAAGAGAUAAAUAUGUACAGAAAAUUUAACUUAAAUAAAUAAGUAAAUAAAUAAUAUGACCAAAGGAGUAGGAGUAGGAGUCAAAUAUCUCUUAUUGGUGAGGGGUUUUUGAAUUCAUGACCUCAGUAUUUCUAAAUCCUGGCUACAGCCCUGAAUACAUGUUGAAUUUUUGUACUUCAGGUUUCUUAUUAUCCUGCCUUUGAUCACUGGUUUAGCCACAUGUUUUAAUAAAUCAGAUAUCUCAUAUUAAAGGUAUGUGCUAAAUUAAAAGCAUUUGUAAAUGAUG